GUUGGGUUUCUCUCUAUCUAUAUAAACCAAUUCAAGUUCCAUACCUCUCCACAACCAUAAGUCCUUCACAUCCCAAAACCUGAAAACUGAAAUCACAAAGCAACUUACAGACCCAGCAAACUGCAUUUUCAUUCUUCAAACGUCAUCAUUUUUUGUUGAAAAUGGUGUCUUACGAGUAUGUUUUGGGUGGGGGGUAUUGGUUUCACUGCUGGGCUCUGUUUUCUUCAUGAUCAUCAGCACUACUUUGGGUGGAAAGAAACCAUGCAAGGCUUCAAAGGGAGGUGUAAAAAGUAAUGAUGGGUUUGGGAACAGUGCGUUUCAGCCGGAAAUGGAGAUGAAAAGUACCGAUGUCGUCAUUGUCGGUGCCGGAUCUGCCGGUGCAGCUUUUGCUUACACUCUUGCCAGGGAAGGUCGUCGUGUACAUGUCAUCGAAAGAGACUUGACUGAGCCAGACAGAAUUGUUGGUGAGCUGUUGCAGCCUGGGGGUUAUCUCAAGUUGAUUGAGUUGGGUUUCGAGGAUUGUGCAAAUGAGUCCAUUGACGCUCAGAAGGUGUUUGGCUAUGCGCUUUACAAAGAUGGCAAGGAUACCAAACUGACUUAUCCCUUGGAGAAAUAUAAUUCAGAUGUGGCCGGGAGAAGUUUCCACAAUGGGCGUUUCAUCCAAAGAAUGCGUGAAAAAGCUAUGACUCUUUCAAAUGUAAAAUUGGAACAAGGAUCAGUGACAACACUAAUAGAGGAAAAGGGCAUUGUCAAAGGGGUGAUUUACAAGAACAAGGCUGGAGAGGAGAUGAGAACAUAUGCUCCACUAACAAUCUUGUGUGAUGGCUGCUUUUCAAAUCUGCGCAAGUCUCUCAGUGCACCAAAGGUUGAAAGUCCCUCUUGUUUUGUUGGUUUGAUCUUGGAGAACUGUGACCUUCCACACUCAAAUCAUGGACAUGUGAUUUUGGGAGACCCUUCACCCAUACUCUUGUAUCCUAUCAGUAGCACCGAGGUUCGUUGUCUGGUGGAUGUACCUGGAACAAAAGUACCUUCAAUAGCUAGUGGUGAAAUGGCAAACUAUUUGAAAACUGUGGUGGCUCCUCAGAUUCCCCCACAACUGCACAAUGCUUUUAUGGCCGCAGUAGAGAAGGGAAACAUCAGAACAAUGCAAAACAAAAGCAUGGCUGCUAAUCCUGUCCCUGCUCCUGGUGCAAUUUUAUUAGGGGAUGCAUUCAACAUGAGGCAUCCUUUAACAGGAGGAGGAAUGACCGUUGCUCUUUCAGACAUUGUUCUUCUCCGUUAUCUUCUUAGACCCAUACGUGAUCUCCAUGAUGCACCUGCUUUGUGCAAUUACCUUGAAUCAUUGUACACACAGCGCAAGCCUGUGUCAUCUACCAUAAACACAUUGGCAGGUGCUUUGUACAAGGUGUUUUGUGCAUCACCGGAUCCAGCAAGACAGGAAAUGUGUGAAGCAUGUUUUGGCUAUUUGAGCUUUGGAGGUAUCUGUUCAUAUGGACCAGUUCUCCUCUCUGGUCUUAACCCUCAGCCAAUACACUUGUUUCUCCAUUUCUUUGCUAUUGCUAUAUAUGGUGUCGGCCGCUUAAUGCUUCCGUUCCCUUCACCUAAACGCAUGUGGCUCGGGUUUCGAUUGAUCUUGAGUGCAUCAGGCAUCAUAUUCCCCAUUAUAAAGGGUGAAGGAGUUAGACAGAUGUUCUUUCCUGCCACAGUACCAGCAUUUUACAGAUCUCCUCCUGUUCAUUGAAGAAAUGGAAACUAGUACAUAUCUAGAGAAAAAACAAAUGUUAGCCAGAUUGUUUUGUUUUAUUGAUUUGAUAAACCAAUUUGCAACUAAUAUAAAUCAGUAUUCCACCCAAAAAGUAAAGAUCAAAGGGGGGAUCAAUG